AGGGCUGAGGGUGGUGCUGGCUACUCUCUGAGCCAGCCAGCUAGCUGUCAAGGUAUCAGGGUAUCAGGGUAUCAAGCUAGCUAGCUUUGCGUGGCAGGCCCCCCAAGCUUCCAUGAAAUUGGUGGCGUCUCGUCCCGAAUUUCUGACACGUAGCCCGCGGACUCUCGACUCCCGUAAAUGCGAAUCCCUCGGGACCGCAAGGGCUGGGGAGAAGACAUGGGCGCGUUGCGACAACCGGCGCUCGAUGGUUGCGUUGGAGAGGCUGGUAGCAAAAGAUCAGAAUCGAAAGACACUCGCGUGAGGGACACACAGAGGGGAACAAGACCGAGCCCAUGGAACUCUGGGAGCUGGAGCCGUCGUGAUGCCCGUGCAUCCGGAGGAGGGGCCGGCGCCAUUCGACAGUCUCUGGGUCCCUGAUCUUCCUCUCUUCACACUGUCGUCUACCUUGGCCUGGCCGGGAUGGCUGGACUGGGAGGGGGGGGCAGGAGUUACAUAUUCCUCCUGCAAUACGGAGUACAGGAGAUGGUUAUGCACAUCGUGUUCUUGCUCAUUGUCAACCAACGACGUGCGCCACACACGCACACACGCGUACACCAUCUCCGCUUCCCCCCUCUCUCACCCUGCUCCAAGAGAGAGCCCUCCUGGUCCGGUUCGGUAUAAGAAACCACCGAACGCCAUAAGUUCGGGGGAAAUGGGGUGUGAGUCGAAGGUGAGAGAGGUCGGUGUAGGACUGGCGAUCGGCACCAACCACGCCCAGCAUCUACUCGCCGGGUUCGCUAAUGAGACAGGUGCAGGUGCAAAAAAGGAAGAACAAGAAGCGAGAAAGAAGGCCUGCUCAGACAAGGGGGAUGAUCUUAAACCCAACCCCAACCAACGGCAUCCCGCAGCGUGCGCGUCUUUUUUUUUUUUUUUUUGCCGUCCCAUCCACCUUGGUCUGCCCGUCCAUCCCCUUGGGUCUCUCUCGCCUCGCCGUGCCUCCGCAGGGUGUCAUUGAGGACGAGAUGGAGCCUUUUUCCUAAGCAACACAUCACACACACACUGGGGGAAGAGAGCCGUCCGUCCGAGCCGUUCGCC